CCCGCCAUUCCUCUCCGCAAAUAAUCGGAUUUUCGACCAAAGUAGGCCCAUCGGGGCCCCGUUAAAGUGAACGAGAGCAACCCCCGACGAAAUCCGGUCGCUCGCUUUUCGAUUUGAGGACGCGGACCUCCGGAAUCGGUUCUAAACCGAUCGAAAUUGGUGCACGAUUCCAGUCAAUGGCUACCCUUCGCGUCCCCCUGUUCUAAACAAUGACAGUGGCGUAUUUCACGUGAUGAAUUCAAAUGUGCGAAUCUCCAGUUGGGAUGUGAGGACGGCCUGAGAUUUCGGGAACGAAAUGAACACGAACAAUCCUGAUGGUCUGGCCGGCGGACACGGAUCCUCCAAUUCUGAGACGAGCACUCAGAGACCGCCGCCGGUGACAACGGUGCCUACAGAUCUCCGCGUGAACACGACCGCAUUGAACGCGGUGGCGUUGAGCAGCGUCGCCAAAUACUGGGUGCUCACCAACUUACUGCCCGGACCCAUUCCCCAAGUCUCAGUCUACGGUUUGCCAGGUGCUCGAGGCGACAACCAGGGCAAACUGACACAAGAUGCUAUGUUGGGUCAGCAUGGUCUUCUGCAGGCAGAUCCACUACUGUUGCCCCAUAACUCCCAAAUACCGGUCAGUCUUUCGCAGGGAGCGAACCUGGCGAUACCAACCAGUGGGAUGCAGCUAGAUGGCCACAAUUCCAUUGCCGCUAAUCACCAGCAACCGGAUAACUUAGCCAAUCAGAACCAAUUAGGCCGUGACGUUCGAAUGAACCACUCGCAGCAAAACCAUAACGGCCAACAACAACAACAACAACAACAACAACAACAACAACAGCAGCAGCAGCAGCAGCAAAACAUGGUACAAGUUCAAGUGCAGGACAAUCUGGUGUCGGUAAUAGAAGACAACAAAGAUCAAAAAGAUAUAAUAUCGGCACAACUGGCCGCCCAAUUGACAGAAAACGGUCAAAUACCGCAACAAGGAUUGACGGUCCAGCAGCUGCAGCAUCUUCAAGUGCAACAGGUGCUCGACAAUGUGGUGCGGAUGGAGAAUGCUGUUGAAAACGGCCAAAAUCACACCGGUAACGGUAACGACCAAGAUAUGCAGGAGAACAUGCAGAUCGUAAAGGACGAGAAAGUGUUACAAAAUUGCAAACUGUUGUCUGGGGCUGCGCCCUUUGGUGUGCAAGAUUUGAAAGGCGGUUUAAUGGAUGUCCGAACUGCAGAUGGGGGUAUUGUGAAGAUACAGACUAACAUGCAGGAGCAAGAAUUAGCUAAAACGUUAGGUGUUGAGAUGGUGCAGAAUAUGUAUAAAGUUAAUGUUGAUGAUCUCAAUCAGCUGCUAGCUUAUCAUGAGGUGUUUGGGAAACUCCAAGGUGAAAUAACAAAUAACAGCCAAAACAUAAUCCAAAACGCUACGAAUAACAUACAACCUCCAGCUUCCAAUAUUUCUAUCGUUACAAAAGAUGAGCAGGAAGCCUCCACAUCAAACAUAAACAACGAAAACAUGCCGACUCCAGUUCCAGGCAAUUUUGCGUGCGAUCUGUGCGGUAAAAUCUUCCAAUACCGUUACCAGUUUAUUGUCCACAGACGCUAUCACACAGAAAGAAAACCCUUUACGUGUCAGGUAUGCGGUAAAGCCUUCACGAACGCCCAAGAGUUGAGCAGACAUGGUAAGUGCCAUUUGGGCGGCAGCAUGUUCACGUGCGGCGUCUGCUUCCACGUGUUUGCCAAUCAAGCGUCGCUGGAACGUCACAUGAAACGUCACAGCACCGACAAACCGUACAAUUGCAACAUAUGCGGCAAAUCGUUCGCACGCAAGGAACACCUCGAGAAUCACACCCGCUGCCAUACCGGCGAGACUCCUUACAGAUGCCAGUACUGCGCCAAAACAUUCACUCGCAAGGAACACAUGGUGAACCACGUGCGCAAGCACACCGGCGAAACACCGCAUCGUUGCGAGAUCUGCAAGAAGUCAUUCACACGUAAGGAACAUUUCAUGAACCACGUGAUGUGGCACACCGGUGAGACACCGCACCAGUGCACGAUUUGCGGCAAGAAGUAUACGCGCAAGGAACAUCUGGCCAACCACAUGCGCUCACACACGAACGACACGCCGUUCCGUUGUGAGAUAUGUGGGAAAUCGUUCACUAGGAAGGAGCACUUCACGAACCACAUUAUGUGGCACACGGGCGAGACGCCGCACCGUUGCGACUUUUGUUCGAAGACGUUUACGCGGAAGGAGCAUCUGCUGAACCACGUCAGGCAGCACACGGGCGAGUCCCCGCACCGAUGCGGUUUUUGUUCCAAGUCUUUUACGAGGAAGGAGCAUCUUAUCAAUCACGUUAGGCAGCACACUGGCGAAACUCCCUUCAGGUGUAGUUUUUGUCCCAAAGCGUUCACACGAAAGGAUCAUUUAGUGAACCAUGUGCGGCAACACACCGGAGAGUCGCCGCACAAGUGCACGUUCUGCACCAAGUCGUUCACCAGAAAGGAACAUCUGAACAACCACGUGCGACAGCACACCGGCGAAUCGCCGCACCGUUGCCAUUUCUGUUCGAAAUCGUUCACGCGAAAGGAACACUUAACGAACCACGUCAGGAUACACACGGGCGAGUCGCCACAUCGAUGCGAGUUUUGUCAGAAGACGUUCACCAGAAAGGAACACCUGACCAACCAUUUAAGGCAGCACACGGGCGAGACGCCGCACUGUUGCAACGUGUGCUCGAAACCGUUCACCAGAAAGGAACACCUGAUCAAUCACAUGAGAAGCCACACGGGCGAACGUCCGUUCGCCUGCAACGAGUGCGGUAAAUCGUUCCCGCUCAAGGGCAACUUACUCUUCCAUCAGCGAUCGCAUAACAAAGGUGCGGCGGCCGAACGUCCGUUCCGUUGCGACUUGUGCGACAAGGACUUCAUGUGCAAGGGCCAUCUGGUGUCGCACAGGCGGUCACACAGUGGCGAACGGCCGCACACCUGCCCGACAUGCGGCAAAACGUUUGUCGAGAAGGGCAACAUGUUGCGGCACAUGCGCAAGCAUGCAGCUGAGAACGGAACUACGCAGGGGGCGCCGGCGGCGAUGGCACAGGGCGCCGCAACGCAGCAGUCCAGCGCCUUGGGGCCGGCCGCUCUGGGUGCUGCUUCGCUACAGAUUCCUCAAGGCCAACAAACAUCACAGACGUCCGCUCAGACGACGAGUGGAGGCGGGACGGGAGGCGGAGCAGCCCAUUUGAAUUUGCACGCGGGCGCACCCGGACAUCCGGUCGUCGUGCCGACCGCGAACGGGAAUGUGCUCGCGUCUUAUUAGGUAAGAAAAAUCGGGUAGGGUUUAUUUGUUUGCCUGUGACCUCGAUUUAUGCUAUUUUCUGUUGCUCGUUUUAUCGGCGAUUUGGGUGUUGUGGCGAAAUUUAAGGUUUUGUUCUUAAAUUUUUAUUAGACAAAUGUAAAUUUUUGCCGUUUUUAUAAACAUUUCUUAAACAAAACAUUUAAUAUUUAUUUAUUGUUUCAUAACUAUUUAGUAUCAAAUUUUUAAGUUCCAUCGUUGUAUAAAACAUUGAUUAUAUUAUUUUUCGUUUUAUUUAAUAUUUUCAGGGAAAUUUAGUAUUUUGUAAAUUUGUGUCCUUAAUCGUUUAUUAAACAUUUGUUUAUUUUUACUUAUUUAAAUUAAUUUUUCAGAACAAUUUGCAAGUUUAUUUUCAAAACAUUUAUGUACAUGAAAGUUGUAAUAUGAAUCGUUUAAGCUAAAUGUUUAUACAAAUUAUUUUUAUUUAUGAAGUUCCAGGCAAAAAAUGAACACCUACCGUCAGAUAAUCGAUUAUCUAAAGUGUGAUAAACGUGCGGGGUUCGUUUCGAUAUCCUGCACCUGUAUGAGUUUAUAUUUUGAUUAAAAUCAUCAGUAUUUUACGUGUAGUUUUAAUAAACCAUAGUACUACUAGAAAUUUUUGCGUAUCGUUGGAAAAAAUCGCCAUGCACACUUUUGUGCUUGUUUCUUAUGUGUCACUUGGGAUUUUUUCUGCCGAUAAUUUUACUUUAUUUUUGUUUUUUCUUUUUUUUUUUUUUGGUGCACCGAUAAAAAUGUAAUAAAAUUAAAUGGAAUUGCGAUAAAAAUGGCACUGCCCUUAGUGAUAUUCAUUGAAUCUCUGAUCAUUUUGAAAAGUGCAAAAGUUUUUAAGUUGUAAAUUUAGCUGCAAUUUAAAAAAGGGAACAAAUCGUAACUAACGAAGUGUAUGUUUUUCAUAUCCUCUCUAAAGCGUAGAUAAAAACUUAGUGAAAUUGAUGUUGCUGUAUAAAAUUAGAAUUUUAUAUAAAGAUACAUGUAAUUGUAUGAUAUAGUGUAUAUUUAGACUAAACUAGUACGAAUUUAUUAUUUUCCGACUGAAAGUUUUUCGAAUUUGUAAUAGUUGUGAUUGUUAUUUGCUUUAAGUUUUAAAUGUUUUAGGUCUUUGGCCUAAACGAUAACUUUUUAAUCGAAAUAUGCAUUGCCAUUGAGAGUUUAUUUUUUAUAACAGAAAAUAUACAAUAUGAAGAGUAUAGGUUUAAAGUGUGCUAAAUUAUGAUGGUUGUAUUGUAUGUUUUCUUUAAUAUAUAUUUUUAUUUACAAUUUUUUACAUUAAAGGCAAUAUAAAUAAAUAUAAAAUAUUUAAAAGCUUGCUUGUAAAUAUUUUUAAAUAUAGAUAAAUAAUUAUGUAUAUUUGUUAUAGAAAUUAUAUUUUCCCCCCCAUUUAUUUACAAAAAAAAUAUUUAUUUGUGAUUACAAAUAUUUAUGUGUAUAUACUGAUUAUUAUUGAAUAUUUGUGAUUGCGAACGUUUUAAAGUAAAAAGAAGAUGACAACUUUAUAGAUAUACAUAUACAUACUUAAUUAAUAUUUUUAGUUUAUUUUGUAAUACAAUCGAAAUGUAAUUUUUCUUUUUUUAAUAAAAUUAGUUGUAUUA